AUGGCUUCGAUCGCCUCGACUCUGACCAUCCAGUACCACAAGUUCCUCGAAACGGUCCAUGCUCGGCCACGCCAGACAGCCGCGACGGCCACGGCGGUGGCGUUGACGCUGUCUCUCGCGUGGGUGCUCAACGACUUCCACGCAUGGAAGUCCUUCGGCACCGGAGGCACCCCGCCGACCUGGGCCGGGUACUGGCGCAUGACCAAGCUGCGGCUGAACCGCAUGAUGCUGUUCGGCAAGGACAAUCUGGCCGACCCGUCGCCGCUCUCGUCCUCCGGGCCACGGUAUCUCGACCCCGUGGCGCUGCCCGUGCGAGAGGGCACUCGUCCACCCACCAUGGCACGCACGAUGCCGCAGCGCCAGGUGCCGUACAAGCCAGGCACGGGCGGAGGCGGGGGUGGAGGAGCGGGUGAAGAAUAUGAUGGCUACACCGAGGGUGGGAGCACCGACGCUAUCUACGCGAAGCCCACCCUCGAGACACUUAACGAUAAGGCCCGCGACAACAAGAUCCUCGGCACCGAGAUCGCCCACGCGCACCCCUCCGACGGCAGCCUCCACGUCUGGCUGUCCGAGGCGGACGCCAGGACUGUGGUUGAGAAAGGCUGGGGUCUGAGGUUCCCGCUCACCUUUGUCGACAAGGGCUGGGCUAUGGUCUAUGCCCCGCGCACGAUGGCCGAAGCGGACGUGGUGGAGCGUAUUGUGCGUGCGGGCAUCGCGUGGGUGGCUGGCGUCGAGGUUUGA